AUGGAAGGAAGUAAAGAGCCCUCACACCUGCUUUGGUGUGAAUCUAAUCAGGACUGUCUUUCAGGAUGUGCGGUGGAUUGUUUGGGGCUGUGGUGUCUCCAGCUGCUGCUCACUGAGUAUCUGAUUUCACCUUUAAUUUUUCAGGUUCUGGGCAUGCCUGUGAUCAAUAAGGACAUGGAUUUGCAAAUGAGUUUCACAAGAAGCAUCACUGAGAUUGGCAUUGCUGCCCAAGACAUUGAAGAUCAGAGGUUCCAGUUUUCCUACAAGGAGAGGCCGAUCAGUUACAUGCUGGAUUUGAUAAGGGAUGAGCCCCUGGAUUCCUUAGCUAGCCCUGUUCGAUGGAAAGCCUUAAUAGCCAUCAGAUACCUAAGUAAACUGAAACCUCCGCUCUCAUUAAAUGACCAUCUUAAUAUUCUUGAAGAGAAUAUUCGGCGGCUCCUGCCCCUUCCACCUUUGGAAACACUCAAAAGUGAGGGUGAGACGGAAAAGGACAACGAGCACAUUAACUUUCUCUAUGAACGAUCCAUGGAUGCGCUAGGAAAACUUAUGAGAACUAUGAUGUGGGAUAAUGUGGAUGCAGAGGACUGUGAAGAAAUGUUUAAUCUUCUCCGAAUGUGGCUUGUUUCACAAAAACAAUGGGAAAGAGAAAGAGCCUUCCAGAUCACUGCAAAAGUGCUGACAAAUGAUAUUGAGGCACCACAGAACUUCAAAAUUGGAUCACUCCUUGGGCUCCUGGCUCCUCACUCCUGUGACACCUUGCCCACCAUUCGUCAGGCUGCUAUUAGCUCAACUAUUGGUCUGUUCUGUGUAAAAGGCAUUCACCUGGAACUGGAAAGACUACAGGAUUUACAGGAAGGGCUGGAAUGUGAUGAUGUGCAGGUCCAGAUAAAGCUUUCCUCCAAAAUAGCUAAGAUUGUCUGUAAAUUCAUUCCAAAUGAAGAAAUUCAAAUGUUCUUGGAGGAAAUAUUAGAUGGCUUGGAAAGUCUCAACUCCACGUGUACAGAAGCCUGUGGCAUAUGGCUGAUCACUACCCUGAAGGAGCAUGGACUUGCUCUGGAAGAUCAGCUACUGGAGAUCCUGGGCAUAAUUUAUCAUCACAUGCCAGUCCUCAGACAAAAGGAGGAAAGUUUUCAGUUUAUGCUAGAAGCCAUCUCCCAGAUAGCCAGCUUUCACAUGGAUGCAGUUGUUGUCAACCUUUUACAGAAGCCUCUGCCCUUUGACAGAGACACAAAGACAUUGUGGAAAACACUGGCUGAAAACCCAGCCUCUAGUGGUAAACUCAUGCGAGCCUUGAUAGACAAACUGGAGACCAGGUUAGAAGACGACACUGCUGGGAUAGAUGCAAUUUCAGUGUCCUGUGCUAUGUAUGAAGUGCUCUUAGCCGGAGGCCUUGUCACUGGCUUUUAUGCACAGCUGUUCACUCUCCUCCUGAAGCUAGUCAGCUGCACACUGGGCCAGAAGAUGGCCACUUCCAUCUUGAUCCACAGGCGGCGUGUGAUGCAACAGGGGGAACGGCAGCAUAUCCCAGACCCCUGCAGACUCUCAACUGCAACUCUGAAAUGUUUACAAGCCCAUGCCAUGAGAGAAGGCCUUGCAAAAGAAUCUGAUGAAGGGGAUAAUUUAUGGACCCUACUUAUCAGUCCUGAUACCCAUCACAUAGGAGUAUGUGCACUGGCCAGGAGUUUGGCAGUCUGGCAACAUGGAGUCAUACUGGACAUCAUGGAACACCUGCUCUCAUCUCUCACUUCUACCUCGGAGAACUACCGGAUAACAGGAACAGCUUUCUUCUCUGAGCUCAUGAAGGAGCCAAUCCUUUGGAAGCAUGGCAAUCUGCGUGAUGUACUAAUCUUCAUGGACCAGAGUGCCUGGGACUCCAAUGCCAUUCUAAGGCAAAUGGCCAUCCGAGGACUUGGUAACACAGCAUCUGGGGCCCCUCACAAGGUAAAGAAGCAUAAGCAGAUAAUGUUAGAAUCUAUCAUCAGAGGCCUGUAUCACCUGGCUCGCACUGAAGUCGUCUGUGAAAGCUUGAAGGCUCUCAGAAAGAUCCUGGAAUUGCUCACAGAUAGAGAAGUGAGCUUCUACUUCAAGGAAAUAGUGCUGCAAACGAGAACCUUCUUUGAAGACGAACAAGACGAUGUGAGACUGACCGCCAUCCUCUUAUUUGAGAAUCUGGCAUCUCUAACAGGAAGAAGGUGGAAGCUGUUUUUUGCUGAAGAAAUAAAAAAGAGCAUGACAUCAUUCCUCCUCCACCUCUGGGAUCCCAACCCCAAGAUUGGAACUGUUUGCCGUGAUGUCUUGGUCAUCUGCAUCCCUUUCCUGGGCCUUCAAGAACUCUAUGGGAUAUUAGACCAUCUCCUUGAUCAGGACCAGAUGAGGGCCAGAGAUUUCUAUAGGCAAAUCUGUGUGAGAUUGGCAAAGAAAAACCAGGAAAUUCUGUGGAUCCUGCACACACACUCAUCCUUUUUCACCAGCAACUGGGAGAUGAUCAGGAGUGCAGCUGUCAAGCUCACAGAUGCCAUUGUUCUCAAUUUGUCCAGCCAGCAUUUGGAGUUAUUAGACAGAGAACAACUGACCACACGGCUCCAAGCACUUCGGCAGGACCCCUGUAUCAGUGUACAGAGAGCAGCUGAAGCUUCUUUGCAGACCCUCCUGAGAAGAUGUAGAGAGACAAGCAUCCCACUGUAA